AUGUCUCCACAUAUUGGCAACUCUGAUGCCAAAAGCAGUGACCUGUUCAAUGAACAGCACAAGGAAAGGGUCCCCAUUGCACCACAUAGGCAAAUGCUGGUUGGUGCAGAGACCCCCUCAUGCUAUGACUCCAACUCCAAUGAUGACAAUGGUGAUGAAACACACUACAACAUCGACACCAUCUCCAAGCUCAACCCCAAAGUACUCAAGAGUAUGCUUAUUGAGCUCACCAAACACAACAAAGUAAGGAACUCCAAUGCAUACAAGAAACCCUCGUGUCACUCGGACUUCCACCAAAGACUCCCAUGCAUCCACAACACCUUCAAGGAAGCACCCAAGUGUCACAGGGUAUGCGCAGAAGACCCUGCGCAGGAGACCCUGAAUAAAAAUUGGGUGCGUCAUGCGCACAGAAUGUGGAAUGGAAUGGCAGUGUGGUUCUCCUUCGGCACGGCUCCUCCUCCUCCUGCUCCUCGUCCCAUAUGCUUCCUGUCCUGUCUUUGUUCCAGUCCCUCGUACUCCUUGCCUCCGAGCUAG